CUAGAUCCACAGUCCCAAAGGAGAAAUCCCUGUUUUGUCCAAACCCCAAAUAAAGACCAAAGACCUCUUUCGUUCUCUUUUCUCUGGAACAAGCUCUUCCGGUGUUGAUCUCCUUUUCUCAAACACACUACUCUUUCUCCCUCUCCACUCUUUCUCUCUCUUUCUCUUUAACGAUAACCCUCGCAGGUUCCAAUUCACCAUGACCGUGAUGAUGCCAGCACCCAUUGAUCAGCAAGAGGACGAGGAGGUGCUCGUGCCGCACACGGAUUUGCCUGAGAACAAUCACCAACCUAUGGAAGUUGUAGCUCAACCUGAAACUGCCAAUACUGUGGAGAGUCAGCCUGUUGAGGAUCCUCCAUCGUCUAGAUUCACAUGGAGAAUUGACAACUUUUCGAGGCUGAAUACCAAGAAGCUCUAUUCGGAUAUAUUUGUUGUUGGUGGCUAUAAAUGGCGUGUGCUUAUUUUCCCAAAAGGAAACAAUGUGGACUAUUUGUCCAUGUAUUUGGAUGUUGCAGAUUCAGCUAGGCUUAAGAACCAAGGAGCUACAUGUUAUAUGAAUUCUCUACUCCAAACCUUGUACCAUAUUCCUUAUUUUAGAAAGGCUGUGUACCAUAUGCCAACAACUGAAAAUGAUAUGCCCUCUGGUAGCAUCCCUUUGGCUUUACAAAGUUUAUUCUACAAGCUUCAAUACAGUGACACCAGUGUUGCGACGAAGGAGCUGACAAAGUCUUUUGGUUGGGAUACAUAUGAUUCUUUCAUGCAGCAUGAUGUUCAAGAACUAAAUCGGGUUCUCUGUGAAAAACUCGAAGACAAAAUGAAGGGAACNGUUGUUGAGGGAACCAUACAAAAGUUAUUUGAAGGGCACCAUAUGAAUUACAUAGAAUGCAUUAAUGUAGACUACAAAUCAACUAGAAAAGAGUCAUUUUAUGACCUUCAGCUUGACGUCAAAGGUUGUCGUGAUGUUUAUGCUUCCUUUGAUAAGUAUGUUGAAGUUGAAAGCCUCGAGGGGGAUAACAAAUAUCAUGCUGAACAGUAUGGUUUGCAGGAUGCUAAGAAGGGUGUCUUAUUUAUUGAUUUUCCUCCUGUUCUUCAACUUCAGCUAAAAAGAUUCGAGUAUGACUUUAUGCGGGAUACUAUGGUUAAGAUUAAUGACCGUUAUGAGUUUCCCUUACAACUUGAUCUUGAUCGUGAUGAUGGAAAAUAUCUUUCACCUGAUGCUGAUCGAACUGUCCGCAAUCUUUACACACUUCACAGCGUUUUGGUUCACAGUGGAGGUGUGCAUGGUGGACAUUAUUAUGCUUUUAUCAGGCCAACCCUCUCUGAACAGUGGUACAAAUUUGAUGAUGAGAGGGUGACAAAAGAAGAUAAUAAAAGGGCAUUAGAGGAGCAAUAUGGGGGUGAGGAAGAGUUACCACAGGCAAAUCCUGGUUUCAAUAACACUCCAUUUAAGUUCACCAAAUACUCCAAUGCUUAUAUGUUGGUGUAUAUUCGUGAAAGUGACAAGGACAAAAUCAUAUGCAAUGUGGAUGAGAAAGACAUUGCAGCACAUUUAAGGGAGAGGUUGAAGAAAGAACAAGAAGAGAAAGAGCACAAAAAGAAAGAAAAGGCAGAAGCUCACCUAUAUACUAUCAUAAAGGUGGCACAUGAUGAAGACCUGAAAAGGCAGAUUGGAAAGGAUAUUUACUUUGAUCUUGUAGACCAUGACAAAGUUAGAAGUUUCAGAGUCCAAAAGCAGACAACUUUUAAUCUUUUCAAGGACGAGGUUGCAAAAGAAUUUAAUGUUCCAGUUCAAUUUCAGCGGUAUUGGAUAUGGGCAAAGCGGCAAAACCAUACAUAUCGUCCUAACAGACCAUUGACACCUGCUGAGGAAGCACAAUCUGUUGGACAAUUGAGAGAAGUAUCAAACAAGGUUCACAAUGCAGAAUUAAAAUUGUUUUUGGAAGUGGAGAUGGGGAUGGAUUCAUGUCCAAUCGCACCACCUGAAAAGACCAAGGAUGAUAUAUUGCUUUUCUUCAAGCUAUAUGAUCCUGAAAAGGAGGAACUGCGUUAUGUUGGGAGGAUCUUUGUUAAGUGUACUGGCAAGCCAUUGGAAAUCUUAUCGAGGUUAAAUGAAAUGGCUGGUUAUGACCCUGAAGAAGAUAUUGCACUUUAUGAGGAAAUUAAGUUUGAACCAAACGUCAUGUGCGAACCUAUUGACAAAAAAGUAACAUUUCGAACCAGCCAGCUGGAAGAUGGUGAUAUCAUAUGCUUUCAGAAGGCUUCUUCUAUGGAUAGUGGGGAAAAUGUCCGAUAUCCAGAUGUGCCCUCAUAUUUGGAAUAUGUGCACAAUCGCCAGGUGGUUCACUUUCGAUCCCUGGAUAGACCUAAAGAAGAUGACUUCUUCUUGGAAAUGUCAAGGCUUUUUACCUAUGAUGAUGUAGUGGAGAGAGUAGCCCAACAACUUGGUUUGGAUGAUCCGUCCAAAAUACGGCUGACACCACACAACUGCUACUCUCAACAACCAAAACCACAGCCUAUUAAAUAUCGAGGGGUAGAACAUUUGUCUGAUAUGCUAGUUCAUUACAAUCAGACCUCAGAUAUAUUAUACUAUGAAGUACUUGACAUCCCUCUACCAGAAUUACAAGGUUUGAAAACUCUGAAAGUUGCAUUUCAUCAUGCCAUUAAAGAUGAAGUGGUUAUUCAUACUAUCCGACUCCCAAAGCAGAGCACCGUUGGGGAUGUCCUGGAUGAUCUUAAAACAAAGGUAGAGUUAUCUGAUCCUGAAGCGGAACUUAGGUUGCUUGAAGUCUUCUAUCACAAAAUAUACAAGGUCUUCCCUCCAAAUGAAAAGAUUGAAAACAUUAAUGAUCAAUACUGGACAUUACGAGCGGAGGAGAUUCCAGAGGAAGAGAAAAAUCUUGGUUCUCAUGAUCGUCUAAUCCAUGUGUACCAUUUCACUAAAGACACAGCUCAAAACCAAAUGCAAAUUCAAAACUUUGGGGAACCUUUUUUUCUGGUUAUACAUGAAGGAGAAACUCUAGCUGAAAUUAAAGUGCGAAUACAAAAGAAACUUCAAGUUCCUGAUGAUGAGUUUGGCAAGUGGAAGUUUGCAUUUCUAUCACUAGGGCGUCCGGAGUACCUUCAGGAUUCUGACAUUGUAUCCAGUCGGUUUCAGAGAAGAGAUGUUUAUGGUGCUUGGGAGCAAUAUCUUGGCUUGGAGCAUACUGACAAUGCUCCUAAAAGAUCAUAUGCUGUCAACCAGAAUCGCCACACGUUUGAGAAGCCAGUAAAGAUUUAUAAUUAGGAAAGUGGUAUUGAUAAGUUGUUGCAUGGAAUGAAUUCAGCAUUAUUAUAUAUCUAUCGGCUUGUAAACUUGGGGAAGAUGGCAAAAGGCUACUAUGUAUAGGACUAAUGAAAUCAGCAACUCAGGUGGUGUCUGCAGACUUUUAGUUAUGUGGUUAUGUAAUUCUUUCUGUCAAUAGGGUAAUAUUGCUCUCAACGUCUUGUAUCUGCCAACCACAGCGCCUUGAGCUUUUUACUACUUCCGAUUUUGUAUGGAGGUUCUUCAAGUUGAGGUCAUUGAUCAUCGUCGCUGAAACUGUAUCAGUACAUAAGUUUUUUGGAUUAGCGAGUGUAUACAGGGUAUAGUUGCUUGACUUUUGUCAUUUUUCUUGAUUGCUUCCUGAUUUUGUUCAGUUAGAAGUGUUAAUCUAAGUUAAGUAAGGGCUGCAUAAUGCUGUAGCAGAGCUUCUUCUUUUUUUAUGUAAUGUAAAAGAUUUGCCAGUCACCAUAAAAUUCACCAUUUCAUGUUCCUCCUA